ACAGCUAGCAGAAACCGAAAACAUUUCAGAAGAAUAUCAAAUAGUGUUGUUCGGAGAUAAAGCCAUCUUUCUUAUUUCUGCAGUUGUAAGGGGAGGAUGGAAAGAAAGUAUGGUAGUCCCCACUGAAACUAAAUAAUCAAACAUUUGGCAACAUGCUGGGCGUGGAUUGUUUUAAAAAGAAAUGCACCCGGAAAUUGUUGUUAUUGGGUGUGAUUGGGUUGAUAAUCGGGUAUUUUAUCGUGAAACAGAAAUCAAAGGACCACAAAGAGUUGGUAUCUUGGCUUGACAAACAUGGAUUUUCACAACACGUAAAAGCUUUGGGAGAUUUAGGUGUCCAGAAUCUUGAUGAUGUCAUUCUAUUGUCGGCUGAUCACAGCUCUUUAUCAAAAAGUUUGGAAAGGAGAAAGUUUGAGGCUAUUUUCUCUGAUUAUUUUACAAAUGCUGUCAAGGAACUGAAGAGUAUAAAAACUCUGGAAUAUUGGCUGAUCUCUCAAGGCUUGGGGAUAUUCACUGAUGUACUGGUGGAUUCUGGGAUAAAUAGCUUGGAAGCUUUACGUGAUGUGCCCGACAAAACCUUACAACAAUUGGCCAAAAAGGUUUCCAGGUCUCAAGAUUACUCAGUGUUACAGCAUCAGUUGAAGAAGUUGAGGUUCAGACAUAGUCUAGUCACCUACUAUUCUUCACCAGCAGGCUUCAAGGCUUUAGCUGACCAGGCCAAGUGGACAGUGUCAAGCUUUGUCUGGUUUUUUAUUUUUCCGGGAGCAUUACUCGUCACAAUGAUGAUCUUUUGUGGAGGCCUCUUUGCUCACCGCAGCCCUCAUGUAUCGAAGGCAGCCAUCCUUGACUAUUUCAAUCGGCGAUAUCCUGCCCCUCAAUACUGUACAGUAAAGUGGGACUGGACUGAGCCACAUACUGUCGGUGGUACACUGACAUUCCAAGUUCAGGUGUUCCAGAGAAAUGGUAAACCAUAUCCUGUUUCCAAUGGUGACAACAUCCUGGUGGAGAUUGUGCACCAAGGGAUUAAGGUGGCCACAACGAUGGAGUAUGGGGGCCCUGAUCCCAACAGUGCUAACAUUGCUAAAGUCUCCUUCACCAUAUAUAAGAGUGGAGAGUACCUCAUCUCUAUUCUGAUUGGUGGACGGCACAUCAAAGGAAGUCCAUUCAAGAAGAACUUUGAAGCUGGGCCUAUUGAUGCAACAAAGAGUGGCUUCAUGAAUUACAGCUCCACAGUCGUGUGUACUAAAGGCACUUCCCACCCCCUCACAAUAGAGACAAGAGAUACUUAUGGCAACCUUUCAGCAUAUAAAGCUGGCCAGCAUGAUUUCUUCAAAAUUAAAGUUCGAGAGGCCGGCAGUAACCAGAAGUAUGUACCCACCACCCAGAUCAUCUGUGAUCCCCAGAGUAAGAGGUUAACAAUGCACAUACGCAUGCACAGAGAAGGCUGCUUUCAGGCUGUUGUCACCUAUGGAGAUGUCAAGCUAUGCAAUGGAGACUUCAACAUUCUUGUCCUUAGUUCUGAUGAUACAGCUCAAGUAUGCAAAGCACUUGCCAAAAAGAGUCACAACCUGUGGUACGAAGCUCGUCUGACUUCCUGUAACCAUGAGGUCUACGAGAAAGCCAAGAAAGUUUAUGUAUAUAUUUCCCCUAAGCAAUUAACACUCAAGGAAUUUUACUUAAAAUUUAUUGGCAAAAAGCUGUUCACAUUCCGAGUCUGUCCAUCUACAAAGUUUCAUUUCAAUGGCUUUAACAAUCAGUAUGAGGCCCCAGUGUUUACCAUAGACGAUGGCUCUCAACCUCCUAUAACUUUAGCUGCUAAGGAAAGAAACAUCAUAGCAGCUACCUUUACCAACUUCUUGCUCAAAAAUAUUGGUGGCUCAGAGACGUUUCAGGACAAACAAGGGUUUUUCCAGCACGAGAUCAGACAGCUUCACAUCAAGAGAAAACACAGUGGGAUACCUGUAAAAAUUGACCGAUCCAAACUGAGAUACAGUUCAUAUAAGGCAACAAAGUCCUUUGAUUUGCAAGACUGGUGUAAAAACUUUGAGAUCACGUUUCAGGGAGAAGAAGGUCUGGACUGGGGAGGGCUCAGGAGGGAAUGGUUUGAACUGUUAUGUACUGACCUGUUUGAUCCCACAGAGUCAGGGCUCUUCACACGAUUUACUGACUCUCCUCAGGCCUUAGUUCACCCAAACCCUCAGCGUCCCCCUGAGCUGAAGCUGAAGUAUUACGAGUUUGCUGGGAAAAUAGUGGGCAAAUGUUUGUAUGAGACAGCUCUGGGUGGGACGUAUAAACAAUUUGUCAAGGCUCGCUUCAGUCGCUCCUUUCUGGCUCAGCUGAUUGGAUUGCGGAUAAACUAUAAGCAUUUUGAAAGUGAUGACCCAGAGCUGUAUGAAACAAAAAUCAAGUUUAUAGAAGAGAACAGUGUGGAGGAUUUGGAGCUGUACAUGGUUGAGGAGGAGUAUGAUGACACAGGGCAUCUCAUCAAGAUGAUUGACCUGGUGCCCAAUGGCUCUAAGGUUCGUGUGACAAACAAGAACAAGCUGCAGUACUUGGAUCUCCUGGCACAGCAGAGGUUAACAAACAGCGUGAGGGAGGAGGUGGAGUACUUCCUACGGGGACUUAAUGAGCUCAUCCCGGACAAUCUCCUCAGUAUAUUUGAUGAAAAUGAGCUGGAGCUAUUGAUGUGCGGCACAGGGAACUACAGUAUAUCUGAUUUCAAAGUGCACCACGUUGUCUGCGGAUCCUCUUUGGCCUUCCUUAAGGUACUGGACUGGUUCUGGACAAUUGUUGCAAGCUUCACAGAGGAGCAGAUGGCUCGUCUCCUUCAGUUCAUCACAGGCAGUUCUCUGCUACCCCCUGGUGGAUUUGCUGAGCUUAAUCCCAAGAUUCAACUAACAACUGCUGUGACAUAUGGCAAUCUGCCCACAGCCCACACCUGCUUCAACCAGCUGUGCCUGCCUGAUUAUGACAGUAUAGAACAGUUCCACAAAGCUCUUCUGCUGGCCAUCACUGAGGGAAACCAAGGAUUUGGUUUAGUCUGACCUUACGCUCCACACAUUGAUUUAGCCAGACCUUGCCCUCAUAUCUUCCUGUCUUAUGGUCGAUGUUUUGCUCUGACCUUUCUCUCAAGGUGCUUUAACCUGGCUUUCUUUUUAUGCAGUGUGAAGUCUGACAAUACUGAUCUUAAGGUUAUGUACUAGUAUUUCUUAAGGUAGAAAUCAUGAAUUAUUGUCAGAUUUGGUCAUGAAAUGUCAUGAAUUUUUCCCCCAUCAGAAAAUUUGGCAAUCCUGCUUAAGUGUUGGUUUCUUCAGAUGGUGGUUAGACUAUUGACACAUGCUGGUUAAUAUGGUCUGCUUGCACCUCAUAUGUUGGUUUAAGUCUCGCUGGACAUGUACCUUCAGUUGUGGGUUAGGUCAGACUCUAGAACCCUCAAAUGUUGGUUAGGGUUGACUCUACCUUCAAAUGUUGGUUAGGUCUGACUCCAGAACCCAUAAAUGUUGGUUAGGCCUAACUGUAGUAACAAAUGUGGCUUAAUUAGUCUGACUGUAACCUUGAAUGUCAAAACAUCAUGUUACUUACACCUAACUGCUGUACUUAUUCAUGCCUUUGUAUUUUUAAUUUGUCUAUACAGUGAACUUAAGCAUAGUUUAAUGAACUAAACAUUUGAUGUUCAUUUGGUGUAUAUUUGGCAAAUCUGUAAGUAAGCCGGAAUAGUUUUAAAUCCCAAAUCAAAUACUAAAGUGAAAAAAUGGGAAUCAGACGCACUACGUUCAGCCAAGUUAGGGAACUUGGAUACGUAUUGGUUGUGCACAUGGAAUUGUAGGAGGAUCUGUAACAGUACUAAUUUUUCAAAUUUGCAAUCUAUAGAAUAUGAUUGUAUUCUACGCAACAAUACAAUUUUUAUUUUAAGUACAGCAUUUAGCUUUCCACUCACUGAUUUUAGAUCUAAUAAGCUGAUAUGUGAACAUCAUAAAUGCUGAAGGUGUGCUGUAAUUUUACCUAUAAUCAUAUUACUGAAAAUUGCGAUGACGAAUGGAAUCUAGUUCAUCCAGGUUUUUAGCAUGCAUUUUUAAAAGACCUUUAACCUUUUUUUUCCAGACUUCAAAAUCUUCUAAUGACUAGUAAAAACUGCUUUUUGCUGUAUAAUGACAUGGUAAAAAGAAAAUAUCACUGUUGUUACUAAGACACAAAGUAUACUGUUGGCACAUUUUCAGUACAUAGGGAAAAAGCUGUGUAAUGUUCUGUAAUAAUAUUCCAAAGUAUUGUGUAUACAUGUACCAGCAAAAUCAUGUGUUAGAUUGAGGGAUUUUACUAAAUGAUGAAUGGUCAGCUGGAAUGGGCAUUGUUAAUAAUAAAAUGAGACAGGUAAUGCUUUAGCUAAUAAAUGGAAAACUUUUGAAGUACGCAUAUGUACAUACAUGUAUUUGCAGGGCAGGAUAACGCGGCGCAUACAAACUCAAAUAAUCAAAUAAUGUGUACAGAAAUGUAGAGUUAUUUGCUGGUGAUUUUUACACAGAUGUAUUAUACAUAUGCAUGUGUAUCAAUCCACUCUGUAGGCACAUGUAUUAAUUAGUGAUUGGAUGGAACGGGCAGUGCUUUGUUUUAUCAGGAAUCCCUGAAAAUCACAAGUAUAUGUAUGUACAAAUUGAUUAGACAGAAUGUUUCUCUUGCUGUUGCAGGUAUUAGCUCAGCUAUUGUUACUCAGUCCAUGACUAAGUUACUCCUUUUGCCAGAUUCUGGCACCUUUAUUGGUCUUAGAAAGGUGUUUUGAGGUUCGUUUGGAAGAUACAUACAAGAUCCCACUGGUAAUGUAUGUUCCAGCACUAAAAGUAACAUUUAUUUUCCUAUUUAUUUGCACUUUUUUUUUAAACAAAUUCAGUAUAUGAAGAUGUUGCUAGAGAAGAGCUUGACUGACCCAAUUUAUUUUUUGAAUAUUCUGAAUUUUUUAGCCAAUUUUAGUGAAGAGAAAAAGAAUCUCUUUACAACAUGUGUGUGUGUGUGACAGGGCAUGCGAUUCAUUGUUGGAAAUUCAUUGCUUCAAUGAGAGAGCUUAUAUUAGGACGGUUAAGUUUACUUAUUUAUGGAACACCUUAUUUUGCUUUGUGCCAUUUCUGUUUCUUAUUACUUUAUCUAAAUCAGCUUAUUUGUGUUUGUGGGAAUUAACAUUUGCAGUAUUUCUCUGCUUUGUAAAAAUGGACCAUACAAGUGAUCUAUAUGUGUGAAGUAAAAUGACAAUCAAAUUUUUUAACAAGCCCAUAUACAUACACACAUUCAUACAUGUAUAUUAAGCUCCAUAAAUACUGGGAAUGUAAUAUUUUCAAGGUCACAACCUGGAAAUGUGCAAGUACCAAUUGCAAUAAUCGUGUGUAGCACAAUGUGGAAAAUGUAAAUGUUGCAGUUGAUAUGUGCAACAUUUACAUAUACAUGUA